AUGAGCCCGCCUCUGCAGGAGACAUCAUGGAAAUCACCAGUGUCCCUCCGUUGCCGUCGGCCUCAACCCUUGGUGACAAAGUGUCAGGGUUCAGCACGUUCUCAGUCCGGACAGUCACCUCCUCCAUGACCACGGAGACCCAUAAUGCCACAGAAAGAACGGAGCCCAACUCGGCGGUCUCCUUGUCCACGACACUAAGCCCUGCAGCGACAAGUGCUGAUAGAGUCAGAAGUACCCGUUCCUCUCUGGCCGUUUCGUCUCCCUCAGGGGCAGGGACAGCAGGCGGUAUCCAUACCCUCAGCGCUUCCUCCGAAGCCACAGGCAAGCUCACCAUCCCCACAGCCGGGACUUCAGCUUCUGAAUGGCCCAGUGAUCCUAAUUCUCUCAGCCUUGCCAGCGAUUUUGGAAUGUAUACUACAUUUUCUCCAUCUAUUCACUCCACCUCGUUGGAGACCAAUAUUCGUGCUUUUACUCCUGCAGAUGUAUCAAAGGGAAAUUUGAAUUCAUCUGUUUCUCCUGAGACCUCUGCUUCUAGAAUGAAGUCCACCUUGGCUUUCACUGCUGCCCCCACCCAAGACUUUUCCACCAUGGACACACAGACUUCCCUUACACCUCUCUCAUUCUCAUCUCACCUAGUGAGUGAGCUCAGAGCCUCAAACAAUGACUCAGUUACAGACUCAAUCAACAGAGCUCUUCCAAAAACAUCUCACCUCUUAAAGAUUUUGGCUUUUGCUUCUACAGCAAUGACAUCACAAGCCAACAUAGGCUCAUUUAAUUAUUCCACUGCACCUAGAAAUUCAACUGGGUCAGAGAAUAGUACCAAGGCUGAGACAGCACCAACCACUGUGUCAGCCUCUGCCUCCUCUCUCUCUGCUACUAUGGGCAUCACCAGAUCCACUUCCCCAACAACCAGAUCCAUGGAAGGAACUUCUUUCAGGGAACCAACAAUAGCGACGUUCAUGACAGAAACCAUAAGUGACCUAGCCAGUGUUUUUUCUACUGUUUCCACUAAUAUAGCAAGCACGAUGGGCUAUGACAAUGAAAGAAGGUUGAGAACCACGCAGUUGCCCACUGGAAUCACAACUUCAUCUGAGACAUCUACAGAUUUAACUUUGGCCAAGGAAAGUAUCCCAAUCUCAAUAUCUUCAUCUCAGUCCAUGGGUGCUCCUAGCUCAAGCACUCCAGCGGGGGAAAGCCAAUUGGUUGGCACAUUUUCUGAUUCCCCAUAUCAUUUGACCGCUGGAGAGAUUACAGUUUCUGUAAGCCAACCUCUGACUUCACAAAUGGUUGCCCCAGCUUCCUCUGAGGCAACCACUCCUGGAGGGCAAAAUGGACUCAGUUCAGAAUCAUCAGUGACUGUGAGGAAGGUCGGACAAGUUUCCUCUUCUUCAGCCUCCUCUCUGUCCUCUGAGAUGACUAUUCCAUCAUUGACUUCCCCCACAAUGGGGGAAACCAUAGGCUCUACCUCAUUCUUCCCUAAUGUUCGGGAAAUGUCAACUGAGAAAGUGUCAACUUUCUCUUUGGCCUCUGGACUGCUAGGCAUAAGAUCUCUUCCAUCUCUCCCAGGGACCACAUCGUCCAUGGGUAUUUGGGAAGAUGCAGGGACAAGCUCAGCCACCUCAUUGUCUAGUUCAUCUUCUGAAGGAGAAAUAAAUUCCUCUAUUCACUUAUCCCCUGCUGUUAACAACAGUCCUGAUUCUUUUGAUCUGUCCACCCGAGCAGUGCCCAGGGCCUCUUCCUUAGACCCCACAACCUCAACUUGGAUAUCUUCAGAAGCAUUUAGCGACAUUCAGGCACAGACAAGUUACAAAUCUCCUGAGGCUAUUUCCUUCUUGGGAAGUCCAGGGGCAGAGCACACCAUCCUGGGAGUGGAGACUGGACUGGCCAAAACCCUAUCAGGAGAACUGACCUCUUCUGAGUCCAAGAGAGAGUCCCCCUGGACAUCCACCUCUUCACUGUCAGAGGCCCCAAUCAACAGAGGCACUGCUGGGACUGUGGCAUCCACUACUAAUGUCCCCAUAUAUGAAAGUUUCUCAUGGCUGAGAAGUGACCGUUCGACACCUAUGACAGCAGUUUACUCUACAGGACUACCAACAGGAGGAAUAGAGAGAGCAGAGACCACCACCACAGCGAUUUUGACCACCAGAGUCUCUACUCCUACUGUGGGAAUGUUGACUCUCCUCAGGACAUCAAGUAAAACGGCCAGCACAAGCACAACAGGAAUGAUCGUUACAACCCCAGAUGUUUCCCCCGAUGUUCUGGAGAUGACAGCUGCCUUGGCCACCAGACCUGGAGCAGAGACCAGCACAGCAUUUUCCAGGACAACCCCAUCUAUGUUCAAUAGAGAAUCAGAGACCACACCCACACUGGUCCUUAGUUCUUGGGCAGAAACCAGUUCAGCUGUUCCAACUCUGGCUGUUUCCUUUGGUGAGCCAGAGGCCACAACCUCAAGGGUUACCCAUCCUGUGCAGGUCAGACCAACUGUUUCCAGGGCAACCCUGAAUGUUUCCCAUAGCAAAUCAGACAGCACACUUCCAACAGCUACCAGUUCUGGGGAGAAAGUCAGUUUAACUCUUCCAACUCUGACUGUCUCCCCUAGUAUACCGGGGAUGGUGACCUCACUGGUUAUUAGUCCUGGGGCAGAGACAAGUAUGUUUAUUCCAACUCUGACUAGUUCUACAGAUGAAUCAGAGACCACAGAUUCAUGGAUCACCCAUCCUGGGGUACAGAGCAGUUCAUCUACCGCAACUUCAACUGUCUCCCCUAGUUUGCCAGGGCUAAUGACAUCGCCGGAUACUAGUUCUGGAGCAGAGACUAGCCCAGUUGUUCAGAUCCUGACUGAUUCCCCUGAUAAGCCGGAUACAACAGUCUCAUUGGUUUCCCAUCCUGGGGCAAAGACCAAUUCAGCCAUUUCAGCUCUGACUCUUUCCUCUUGUGUAUCAGAGGUGGAAAUAUCACAGGUCACCAGUUCUAGGGCAGAGACUAGUACAACUUUUCCAACUCUGACUGAUUCCCUGAAUGAACCAGAGACAGCAGACAUAUGGGUCACUCAUCCUGAGGUAGAAGCCAAUUCCAUUGUUCCAACUAUAACUGUUUCUCCUUAUGAGCCAGAUACAGCAACCUCUUUGGUCCAUUCAGCAGAGACAAGCACCCCUGUUUCCAGAAAAACUCCUAAUAGUGAAUUAGAUAUCACAUCUUUUUCUCAUAGCGAAUUAGAUAUCACAUCUUCAACAGCCACCAGUCUUGGGGCAGGAUCCAGUACAGCCAUUCCAACAAUGACUGUCUCACUUGGUGCGCUUGCUAUGGUGACUUCCUUCAUCACUAAUUCUGGAACAGGCACCAGUACAAAUUUUUCAAAUCUGACCGAGUCCCUGCAUGAAUCAAAUACAAAGGUCUCCUUGGUAACCCAUCCUGCAGAGUCCAGCUCAACCGUUCUCAGGAUAACCCCUGUUUCCCAUGAUGAUUCAGACAACACUCCCUCAGUGGCCACCAGUAUUGAGACAGAUACCAGUUCAGCUAUUCCAAAUAUACCCAUCUCCCCUGGUGUAGCAGAUAUGGUGACCUCACAGGCCGCUAGUUCUGAGACAGAAUCCAGUACAGUUAUUCCACCUCUGACACUUUCUCCUCGUGAACCAGCAACCACAGCCUCAUGGGUCAUUCAUUCUGGAGCACAGACUAGUUCAGUUAUGCCAACUAUGACUGGUUCCUCUGGGGCUGUGACCUCACUGGUCACCAGUUCUGGGGCAGAGAUAAGUACAACUUUUCCAACUCUUACUGAUUUCCCACACAAACCAGAGAACACAGCCUCAUGGGUCACCCGUUUUGAGACAGGAGCCAGUUUAGCUCUUCCAACGCUGGGGCCCUUGUUCAAGAACAGCAGCAUUGGUUCCCUCUAUGCUGGCUGCAGACUGGCCUUGCUCAGGGCUGAAAAGGAGGAAACAAGUACCACAGUGAAUAUAAUCUGCACCCAUCACCCAGAUCCCACAGGCUUCAAGCUGGACACAGAACGGCUGUUCUGGGAGCUAAGCCAGCAGACUCAUGGUGUCACUCAGCUGGGCCCCUACAUCCUGGACAGGAACAGUCUCUCCAUCAAUGGUUACAACCAUCAGUACUGGAUUCCCACCACUAGCACUCUGGUAACCACAUUCUCUCCAGGAUCCCCAGCAUCUCUGGCCCCCUCCCGCAGCUCUACAGAUGUGGGUCCAGGCCCAGUGCCCUUUACCCUCAAUUUCACCAUCACAAACAUGCUCUAUACACCAGACAUGAGGCAUCCAGGAUCUGCGAAGUUCAACUCCACUGAGAAGGCCCUGAAUCACUUGCUUGGUCUCUUGUUCAAGAACACCAGCAUUGGCCCACUGUACUCUGGCUGCAGACUGACCCUGCUUAGGACUGAGAAGGAUGGGGCAACCACUGGAGUGGACAUCAUCUGCACCUACCAUCCUGACACCAUGGGCUCUAGGAUGGACAGAGAAAAGUUGUACCAGGAGCUGAGUCAUCUGACUCAUGGUGUCACCCUGCUGGGCACCUACACCUUGGAGAGAGAUAGUCUCUAUGUCAAUGGUUAUAACCAUCAGUACUGGACCCCCACCACCAGCACUCCAGUGACUUCUACAUUCUCUCCAGAAUCUUCUAUGUCUCUGUCCCCCAACAUCAGCUCUACAGGAAUGAGCCCUUCUCUGGUGCCCUUUACCCUCAACUUUACCAUCACCAGCCUGCGCUACACAGAGGGCAUGGGGAAUCUGGGUUCUGAGAUAUUCAAUACCACAGAGAAAAUCUUGAAUCGAUUGCUCACACCUUUGUUCCAGAACAGCAGUAUUGGGCCCCUCUAUUUUGGCUGCAGAUUGACCUUGCUCAGGUGA